CAGUACGAAUCCGUUUUGAGUUUUGUUGGACUUGCGGUCUUUCUCUUUUGGUCUCCCUUCCUCGCUCCUUCUUCUUCUAGCUUCCCUUCUCCUCUUUCUGAAUUUCUUAGGCAGACCAAGAGAGAGAAUGGAGGGUCAGCAGACAGCUCUGUUUCAAUGCCAGCGAAUUGGCUGUAACGCCAAGUUUUCCGAGGACGACAAUCCCGAAGGUUCCUGCCAAUACCAUGAUUCGCCUAUAUUUCAUGAUGGGAUUAAGGAGUGGAGUUGUUGCAAGAAAAGAAGUCACGAUUUCAGCUUAUUUUUAGAAAUUAAAGGUUGCAAGACAGGUAAACACACAACAGAGAAGCCAGUGUUGCUAAAGGCGAAGCCUAAGACUCCUGUUUCUGCUCCUACCGCUCCCCCUGCAACUGAUGCAUCGUCAAAAGAAUCCUGCUCUAGGUGUCGGCAGGGUUUCUUCUGUUCGGAUCAUGGUUCACAAGCCAAAGAAAUGAAUUCAAAGCCUGUAAAUGUGGCCACAACUCCACAUGCUGAAAGCAUUACAGAUGUUGACGGCACUUCUGCUCCAUCUAAAAAGAUUGUUGGCAUAAACGAGCCCCAAAUUUGCAAAAAUAAAGGGUGUGGCAAAACUUUUAAAGAGAAGGAUAACCAUGAGGCUGCAUGCAGUUACCAUCCGGGGCCUGCUAUUUUCCACGACCGAGUGAGAGGGUGGAAGUGCUGCGACGUUCAUGUAAAGGAAUUUGAUGAGUUCAUGAGCAUCCCUCCAUGCGCUAAGGGGUGGCACAAUGCUGAUCCAGUAUCUUAAACAAAUCAGUAUCUUAAACAAAGCAGAUACAGGGAGAAGGAUGAAGUGGUUUUUGCUCUCUUUUUGGUCCUACAUUUUGUUUAUUCAACUGAUGCAUUUCUGUCAACUCUCAUCCAAGAACAUUGAGCUUUUCUGUUUCUAAUCAAUUUUAGAUAUAUAGUUGUCAAUUUGUCAUGCCCUGUAUUUUUGUUGAACUUAUUAAGGCAUUACUUGUUCAGAUGUUAAUUUUUGUGUGCAAUUAGAGUCUUAUGAGCUAGGCCUGCCCCUGUGUGGCUCUCAGAUUGGAUCAUGGUUGGGCUUUUAGAACAAUUAAAACCCAAUCUAGAAUGAAUACAAAUUCUGUGUCAA